AUGCCGUUCGCCGGAGCCGUCGCCCCCUGCACCACCAUCCUGCUCCUCCUGCUGCUCGUCCCCUGUGCCGAGGGACAACCGCCCGAGGCGACGCCGCCGCGGGGCAUGGCGAUCGGGCAGAUCCUGUCCAAGAACGGGUGCGGCGCCUUCGCCGGCCUCGUCGCCGCCACGGCCGGCGUGGGCCAGGUGCUCCGCGAGCAGAGCGACGCGGGGCUCACCGUGUUCUGCCCGGACGACGGCGCUGUCGCGGCGUUCACCCCGCGGUUCAGCAACCUCACCGCCGACCGCCAGGCCUCGCUUCUUCUGUACCACGGACUGGCGGUACGCUCCUCCGAGGUGGAGCUCUCCUUGUUGACCCGCCUCGGCGGGGAAAUCGAGGUGCGGACGCUCGAUCGGGGCCGCUGGGGCUACGGCAUGCUCACCAUCUGCGACUGCGGAGGCACCAUGAGGCUCUCUUCGUCGCCGCCGUCGUUCACGAUGCCGGACGAGGCCAGGGUCACCAACACGGUCGUCUACAACGACCGCCUCACUCUCUACCUCAUCGACGCCGUGCUGGUUCCGGGAGCGCCGGCGGUGUUCGACUACUCGGACAGCCUGGUGACCGUUUGCUUCUUGCUCGGGAUCGUCACCUUAGUCUUGGGGUCGUGUGUUCUUUCUGUCAUUCGUGCAUGA